AACACCUCUUUUGUAAAAUGUUAAAAUGUCUGACUAAGAAACACUAAAAGCUCUUGAAUUUGAAAGAAUAUGACUAUGUAAAAACUGCUCUCUGCAGUCUGUUCUGGUUUCUAAAGAUAAAUGCAUACAUCCAAUAUCAGACUUUGCAAGGUUUCAUUUCCACACAGAAGCAUGCAUGCUCAUUUAAAAAAUUUUUUUUGAGAUUACACAAAAAAACAUGCUUUGCAGUUUCUUUUUAAUAGUUAGAAUAGGAAAGUUUGGUUCUUAACAAUAGUUGUCGGGUGGAUUCUUAGGUUGCAGGUAUUGUUCCUGUGGUUUUAAAGAGCUCACUGUCUAAAAGGGAUACACUGACACUGGAAGGAAUGGAGUUAUCUGCAUCCUAGUUCCUAAAACCUGGCAAGCUGUCAGAGCUAGAAUUAGCUUUACAGAUGGCAUUUGGCAACAUAUCUACAUAUCUCUAAGCCCUCGUCUCCUGCGUUUUCUUCCACCUGCCUAUCAAUUACAAUAUCCAAUCACUGCUCAGGAAUGGGGAAGUGGGAUGAUCACAGCUCACACGAUGCUGUUUGGUUAGAAACGUCAGUGCUGCACAACCCACGGCUGAGUCAGUGUCUGUGAGAAAAUGAGCUGAAUUAAUAUUUAGAGGGGGUUGAAUCUCUGAACAUUUAAAGCUUAACUAUCUGCAACAGCAGGAUUACACAGUAGAGAGGGAAAAGCUAAAGGAAGUCUAUGGACAGGUGAGGUAGGAGGAGACUGGAUUGUUCAGAAGAAUCUUGAGGAUGAUGGAAAUACCAGAUGAACUAAAGUUUCCUAGUAAUGCCCAAGGAUGCUGACCUGGCUUUCAGUGCUGCAUUGUUUGAAAAAGCAGAGUCCCUUUACACUCUGAUUUUAAAUUUUUUUUCUUGUUUUUGUGUGUCUACCCUGGCAUAUACUAAAGGAAGCACUGCCUCACGUGUUGCUAAGGGAGGAGUCGACCACACCAAAAUGAGUCUGCAUGGUGCUAGUGGGGGACAUGAGAGAUCAAGAGAUAGACGAAGGUCAAGUGACAGAUCACGAGAUUCAUCUCAUGAGCGAGCGGAGUCUCAGCUUACUCCUUGUAUUCGCAAUGUGACUUCACCAACACGACAGCACCAUGUCGAACGAGAAAAAGAUCAUAGUUCGUCUCGUCCAAGCAGUCCUCGUCCUCAAAGAGCGUCCCCAAAUGGCUCCCUGAGCAGUGCUGGGAACAGCAGCAGAAACAGCAGUCAGUCGAGCUCAGAUGGUAGCUGUAAGACAUCUGGGGAGAUGGUGUUUGUGUAUGAGAACGCAAAAGAAGGGGCUCGGAAUGUGAGAACAUCUGAGCGAGUGACGCUGAUAGUGGAUAACACCAGAUUUGUUGUGGACCCAUCCAUUUUUACUGCACAGCCAAAUACAAUGUUGGGCAGGAUGUUUGGAUCUGGCCGUGAACAUAAUUUCACACGUCCCAAUGAGAAGGGAGAAUAUGAGGUGGCAGAAGGAAUUGGUUCUACUGUGUUUCGAGCUAUUUUGGAUUACUAUAAGACAGGAAUCAUCCGCUGUCCUGAUGGCAUAUCUAUUCCUGAAUUGAGAGAAGCAUGUGAUUACCUUUGUAUCUCUUUUGAAUACAGUACAAUUAAGUGUAGAGAUCUCAGUGCCCUUAUGCAUGAGUUAUCGAAUGAUGGUGCUCGUAGACAAUUUGAAUUUUAUCUGGAAGAAAUGAUCCUCCCUCUCAUGGUUGCAAGUGCCCAGAGUGGGGAACGAGAGUGCCAUAUAGUGGUGCUUACAGAUGAUGACGUAGUUGAUUGGGAUGAGGAGUAUCCACCACAGAUGGGAGAGGAAUAUUCACAAAUUAUUUAUAGCACAAAAUUAUAUAGAUUUUUCAAGUACAUUGAAAACAGAGAUGUGGCCAAAUCAGUUUUGAAGGAGAGGGGUCUUAAGAAGAUUAGAUUGGGAAUAGAAGGCUAUCCUACCUACAAAGAAAAAGUAAAGAAAAGGCCAGGGGGCCGCCCAGAAGUCAUUUACAACUAUGUCCAAAGACCCUUUAUACGAAUGUCCUGGGAGAAGGAGGAAGGAAAGAGUCGGCAUGUAGACUUUCAGUGUGUAAAGAGUAAAUCUAUCACCAACCUGGCAGCAGCUGCCGCAGACAUUCCCCAGGAUCAGCUGGUAGUCAUGCACCCUACUCCACAGGUGGAUGAGCUGGAUAGCCUCCCCAGCCACCCCGCCUCGGCCAGUAAUGACCUCGAUCCUGAUGCACAGAAUCCAAUGCUGUGAUGCUGAUGUUCCUGAAACCAUAGCAUGCUACUCUUCAGUGACGUCGUGCUCCUCAUUCUGCACUGCGAGGCCACUUUUCUUCAUUGUGAGAUGCACAUGUUUAGGAUACUGCAGUGUAGGCUUUUUUAAAGACCAAAGGUAGCUGAAUGGUUUUUUAAUGAGUACAACUUUAGCAUCCUGGUUCCAGUUCUAUAAAUGUAUUUGUUUACCAGUAGGUUUGUGAAAUUGGUUCUUUGUACAGGGACAGUCCUUUUUCACACAUCUAGGUCUUCUCAGAAGUGGUGGGAAUUGGCAGCUGAGGCACUUUCGAUGUAGAUUGAUACUCAUCGUGCCCCAGGUAAAAUGCAGAAUAUUAAGAGUUGCACUUUAGAGAUGGUGGUUAAAUGGAGCUGUUGAAGCCAUUUUAGAGUUGUGAUGCACAGUAUAACAUAAGUGCUUCUAUCAGAGUAUUCCUCAGUACAGUAUGUGUAGUUGGCCCACAAGAAGCAAAAACAUAUUUAUCUUGAGUUUAUUUGAAUGAUUACGAUGAGAUUUGAUGCUCAUGAUGUUGGUUCACUCAUCUCCAGAGCCCUGUAACCCUUUCAGAGUGAGUCAUAUGCAGGGAGGGUGAACGUCAAGAGGGGUUUACUGUCCAGUCUGCCUUACCCUUAAUCUGUUCAGAUAUUUAUUUACUAAUGCUUUUUUUCUUAAGAGUCAUGGGAUAGGAAAAUGAACUGUUUGCUCUUCAUUUACUAAAAUGAUUGUAAACUCAAGUUUUUCAUCAAAAUAAAAUUCCAUUGUUUUAA